AUGACACCGAAAGGACUUGUCUUUGGGCUACUUGUGCUACUCGGCUGCGUGGUUCACCAUGCCCAGUUGGCACAGGCAGCAAAUGCCUGUGGCACUGACGGCGUGUGCAAUUGCUUUGGGACUACUGUCGAUUGCAGUGACCGAUCUCUCACAACCAUUCCAAGCGGAGUCCCAGCUGCCACAACGACCUUGGAUUUGCGUAGAAACCUGAUCACCAACAUGCCCACCUCUACGCUCUCAAGUCUGACUGCGCUGAAUGAUCUGUUCUUGGAUGAAAACCAGAUCACCAGCAUUCCCGCCCCUGCCUUAGCAAGCCUGACUGCCCUGAAUUCUUUGUAUAUUGGCCUCAACCAGAUCACCAGAAUUACAGCGAGCUUAUUUAUAAAUCAGGCUGCGCUGACUGAAUUGGAUCUAUCUGGCAACCAGAUCACCAGCAUUCCCGGCACUGCAUUCACAGGCUUGACUUCGCUGACGUUUUUGGCUCUGGGAGGCAACCUGAUCACCAACGUUGCUGCCGCUGCAUUCACCAGUCUGCCCGCGGUGCAACAAAUGCUCCUGGACUACAACCAGAUCACCAGCCUUCCCACCACUCUCUCCAGCAUGACUGCGUUGAGACAAUUGGAUGUAACCGGCAACCAGCUCACCAACAUCCCCUCUGCAAUCGCAAGCCUGACUGCGCUGGUUUACUUAGCUCUAGGCGAAAACCAGUUUACCAGCGUUCCCGCAAACGCGUUCUCGACUCUGGCUGGCCUGACAUCAUUAUUUCUAGACUACAAUCAGAUCACCAGCAUUUCUGCAAACGCAUUCACAGGUCUCAGUGCGCUGAAAAACUUGCAUCUCUAUGGCAACCAGAUUACCAGCAUUUCUGCAAACGCAUUCACAGGUCUGUCUGCGCUGACACAAUUACUUCUACUCGACAAUCAAAUUACAAGCAUAUCCGCAAACGCAUUUACAAGCCUUAAUACGCUGAGUUACAUAAAUCUGCAACGCAACAAAAUCACCAGCAUUUCUGCAAACACAUUCACAGGUCUGGCUGCAUUGACGACAUUGGCUUUGAAUUACAAUCCCUUCACCACUUUGCCGCCCGGGCUGUUUCAAGGCUUGAACAAUGGGUUGUGGCUGUCGCUAGUAGAUCAAUUGCUGAGCCCGAACAACUUUACCUUUGGUGGGAACACCGUCGCUCCGCCCAGCACAUACGGCAAUGCAUCGUACCCGUACAGGAACGCUUCAUGCUGCCCGACUAAUUGUCUGACUUGCACUUCAUCCAGCAUCUGCACUCAGUGCUUUGGGGGCUACGUUCUGGUGGAUGGAUUGUGUGCUCCGCCUGCCUGUGGCACUGGCGGCGUGUGCACUUGCUCAGGAACUACUGUGGAUUGCAGUCGCCGAUCUCUCACAACCGUUCCAGGGGGAAUCCCAGUCACCACGAAAGAGCUGCAUCUGCAAAAUAACCAGCUCUCAAACGUCCCCGCCUCUGCGUUCACAGGCUUGUCUGCGCUCGAACAACUAUUUCUGUCUUACAACCCGAUCUCCGGCUUUCCCGCAGCCGCAAUCACAGGCCUGAGCGCGCUGACAUCAUUCUCUUGUCAAUUCACUCAGAUCACCGAGAUUCCUACAAACGCAUUCACAGGCUUGAUUGCGCUGCAAGGCGUGUAUCUAGGCAGUAACCGGAUCAACAGCAUUUCCGCCAACGUAUUCACGGCCCUGACUGAGCUGACUUAUCUGGAUUUGCAAAACAACACCAUCACGAGCAUUUCCGCCUCUGCAUUCACAGGCUUGUCUGCACUGACCGUACUAACUUUGGCAAGCAACCAGAUCACCAGCCUUUCGGCGAACACAUUCACAGUUCUCACUUCUCUGACCAUGGUAACUUUGAAUGGCAAUCCUUUCACAACUUUGCCGCCUGGUCUGUUCAAGGGCCUGCCAAAUCUCUUGCGUUUGACGAGUUCGUACUUCUAUUUGCGCCCCAACAAUUUUACCUUUGGUGACAACACUGUUGCUCCGCCCAGCACGUACGGCAGUGCAUCCGAGCCAUACAUCUGCGCCACCUGUUAUGCCGCUGGGUCCACGGAUCUUGCGUUCCGCUCGCUUGUUUCCGCGACCUCGGCCUCCGUUGCUUCGCUCGCUACUGCAACUAUUGCAUCUGAUGCAAGCGCGUCGUCCGCUUCCAUUGCUUCCGUCGCGUCCACGCAAUCUGCCUCGGCUGCCUCUGUUGCAUCUGAGGCAAGCGCGUCGUCCGCAUCUGUCGCUUCAGAUGUUUCUGCGACCUCGGCAUCCAUUGCUUCAGUUGCUUCACUCGCGUCUGCAUCGGCCGCCAGUGCUUCAUCUGCAGGGCAGACUUCUGGAGCACCCGAUGCCGCCAACGCUCGCAAUGACUCCGGUGACGCAUCUUCCGGGCCGAUUAUUGGCGGAGUGAUUGGCGGCCUGCUCGCUCUCGUGUUGCUGGUGGCGCUCAUUGUGACCCUUCGGCGCCGUCGCUCUCCAAAGGCAUUGGCGCCCAGCGACACGGUUCCCAACACAACGAACAAACUACGCGAGUCAACAGGCGACACCGAACCGAAUUACCAGGCUCUUGAUCACAGCGGCGUGGUGUCGAACGUGGCGAAUCCAACCUACGAAUCUUUGCCUGCUACUGGCGACCAUGCCUUGUACGAAGACGUUGGCUCAAAGCCCCGUCCUCCUGUGAGUUCGUCGGAGCUGCUGUAUUCCGACGCAUCGGUGUCUGGUGUCCUUUACGCCGAUCCUUCGCUGCCCAAUGCUUCGUCUGUUCGUGUGCCGUCUGCGUCCUCCUCAAACACUUACGCGACGAUCGAUGUCGCAUCUUCGACGCCUGGUGGAAACGUCGAUUCUGCUUAA